ACACCACUUUACGUGUUGACAUCAGCGGCGCAACGUGCGGCGCCGAACUUGUGCGUGUGUCGCUCGGCGUGCCACGACUCGCCGUUUCUGGUCCAUCUUGUGAAGCAGGCAGAUGUAGUGUUGGGUGCUGCUAAAGAAGGGGCCGUUCGAGUGUCUGUCCAUGAAUCCUCCACCUCGUCUCGCCUGCGUUGCGUUGUCUGGGUUGUAAAGGCUCUCAGUCCCGCAGACGGAGCUGCGGGGGGCGGGGGGAAAGCAAAGAAAGAUCUCGCGAGAGCUCCGAGCACGGGCUCAGCUGGCCGUGGCUUUGCAGCAGACGGAAGGAGAAGGCAGGCGAGGCAGGCAGGCAGCAUCAUGGCGGACAGAGACAGUGGAAGUGAGCAGGGAGGAGCAGCCACGGGCCCAGGCUUCGGCUCCAUGCACCUAGCGGCAGGAGGGGCGGGCUCGGCUUCCGGGCUCCAGCAUGAGACGCAGGAGCUGGCGUCUAAGCGGGUCGACAUCCAGAACAAGCGCUUCUAUUUGGACGUUAAGCAGAACGCGAAGGGCCGCUUCUUGAAGAUAGCCGAAGUCGGGGCCGGCGGAAACAAGAGCCGCCUCACACUCUCCAUGUCCGUGGCGGUCGAGUUCCGAGACUACUUGGGGGACUUCAUCGAGCACUACGCCCAGCUGGGACCGAGCAACCCUGGGAUGGUACAGGACGAGCCCAGGCGGGCGUUGAAAAGUGAGUUCCUGGUCCGGGAGAAUCGGAAAUACUAUAUGGAUCUGAAAGAGAACCAGAGAGGACGGUUUCUGCGGAUCAGACAGACCGUUAACCGGGGGCCCGGGUUGGGAUCGACGCAAGGCCAGACGAUCGCUCUUCCAGCACAGGGACUUAUUGAGUUUCGCGACGCUCUGGCUAAACUUAUUGACGAUUACGGCGUAGAGGACGAGCCCGCGGAGCUGCCGGAGGGAUCGUCGUUGACUGUGGACAACAAGCGUUUUUUCUUCGACGUCGGCUCCAAUAAGUACGGCGUGUUUAUGAGGGUGAGCGAGGUGAAGCCCACCUACCGCAACUCUAUCACGGUGCCCUACAAAGUGUGGUCCAAAUUCGGAAAUACUUUCUGUAAAUACGCCGAGGAGAUGAAGAAGAUCCAGGAGAAGCAGCGGGAGAAAAGGGCAUGCGAGCUGCAGCAACAAGAGGAGAUGCAGGCGGACGACGGAGACGAGGAUUGAUAAUAGAGAAAACGUGCAAGAGUAAUGAAAAAUAACAAGAGAAUUAAAGUAAAAACUCUACUGUAUAAAGAAAAAUCUAAAUAUUUUAACUGUAAAGGUUUAACUCCAAGGGAGCAUCACUCUCAGUAUAAGAAACCACAACCUGACAGUUAUGACAUGUUGUCACUCAUCUGCUGGAUGUUACCCCACUUAUCACCAUUAAUACAGUAAUAGGCUGCUAAACAAAGUAAUAACAUUAUAUUUGAACAUUGAUUCCUACUUGACAAACAAUAUUGAACGGAGUGUUUAUUUCCCUUAUUAACAGAGAACUUUUGUACCAGUUAAAGCUAUUGUUAAAAAAAGGAGAAAAAAAAAGUGUUUGCAAUGUUCAAAUGGAAAUAAGAGGGGCGCGGGGGUCCUUUACAUGUGAGCUAAUGACUUCAGCACAAAUCAGAUAUUUAAAUUUUUCAAAAAAACAAAACAAAAUUCCAAAUCUUUGUAAAAGAUUGUCACAUGUACUCGCCAUCCUAUUUACCUUUACCUGUGAGUAGAGAUGUGUUUACACAUAAAUCAUAUAUGAGGGCUAGGCCUGCUAUGGAAACUGGUUAGAUGUCAUGCAGUAUAUUAAAAAAAGGAAUAUAUAGGCAUUUUCAUGAAAUGAAAUAAGUGCUAUUUUUGUUGUGCAAUAUGCAUUUCAGAUAAAUCGAUUUAUAUUGAACUGGUCAACAGUUGACAUGACCAUUGCUAGAGGCAUUCAAAGAAAUAUAGAUAUUGUGAUUUUUCUUUAUUUUUUUGUUUGAGUUGAAAUUGUUGCCAUGCAGAUCGAUAUAUUAUAGAUUACCGGUACCUUUUUGUCUCGUUGUUGAUGCAAUGUGGUAAUUAUAAAAGGUACGUUCUGUGUAUUUCAUAGAGGAAAUGCGGUGACAUGUAGCAAUUUGCCCCAUUUGCAAAUUAUUUAACAAGACACACGCCCUUACACAUGAGCUGUGUUAAUUGGCCGAGUUAAAUGCGUAGAUGCAUUGAAAUGAGUGGAAAUGGAGAUGCACCGAUCACAAUUGAUGGUUUUCUUUAAAAUCCAACCAGCUAAUUCUUUUGUGUUUAUCAUGGUCUGUUAGAAAUUAAAGGCAUGAUCAUUUUUCUGAUGUCUUUUAGAUGAACUUUUUAAAGUUUUAGAAAGAAUUUCAAAGUACAUGCUAUUUGUUGAUGCAUUUUUUGGGGAGUUUUUUGCAUUUAGAGAAUAGAAAAAGCUUUUUUUUCCCCCAUUAUUUGACUGAUUCCGAUUGAUUGUUUGGUGCAUCUCGACCCUAAUAGUAACUUUUUGUUGACAUGUUUCGUCUUUAGAGAUGCACCGAUCACUUUUUAUUUUGGCCAGUAACACUUUGUGAUUUUCUUUAAACUUCGCCAUGUUUAACAGACUCCAAAUUGCAACAUGUGCUGUUAGCUUUUGGUGGGGAGAGGUCAUUGUCUGGGUAAAUGAUCGGUGCAUUUCUAUCUGAAACAUCUUUUUGUGAUCUUGCUCAGUCGUAAGAGUCUACAUUGUGCCAAGGAGUGCUAUUGCUGCAUGUUAACCUGCACUAUAUGAACCGUUUCAUUGAUAGGAAUCUGAAGUUUGAGUACUUAUCCAAAAGUCUUUGGCACAGUUAAAGCAGAAAUGGUAAUCAGAAUAUCACCGUUGGUUUAGAAGGAGCCCCCCCCUCUCCCCCAGGUACACACCUGGCUCAGCUGAGGAGGAGGAACAUGAUGAGGAGGGGAUUUAGUCACCUGUUGGUGGUUCUCCAACUUUAGCCCUACAAGUUUAAGGCCUGAGUGGUUACUUUGGAUGCACACUUGCAGCUUUACGUCAGAUUUGGGAUUGGAAGCAGUCUGGUCUAUUUGUAAAUAUUUGGGCUGCCACUUGUUAAAAAGACUGGUUCUGGAACCAGUUCAGUCGCAUCUCAUAGAUGUUCGAUAGCAGUUUUAUAAACUCUUUUGUCAGUAAACUCCAGAGAAACUGGCAACAAUCAGUUUAUUUCAGAUUUACCUCAUCAUUAAAUCAAACGAUUGCUCCCACCUUCCAAUUGACUGGAAACCAGCAAAACUAGACUGUCCUUUUCCUUGACCACCUUAUUUUUUUGGGAGCAUCCGGAUUAAAGCCUAAGCCACACCUGUAUGGGAGAGCGUCCACUUUCAGCAUGUAAAACGACCUGGUGCCUUACACACUCCGCAUGCUUACACGCUGGCCUGGUGCUUUGGAUUGCAGUUUUAGCUUCUUCUUCUUCCAGUUUUGUCUCGGCCCCCUUGUGUGCUAGUGCACGACUCGUGGUGCUAAAAGGGUUUGCUACAAAUCCUGGGAGCAGAAUUGUUAACUUUCUUUCUGCUACCUUCCUUCCCUAUAUAACUUCAUUGCCAUCCCCUUUUUAGCCAUCCAGGUAUCGGCCUACAUGUAAACAUGGAAGGGGGUGGUCACCUCCAUGCAAGACGAUCCAGAGGAGCAGGCUCGUGUCUCGCUGAGCGGGGGCUAAUUGUGUGAAAUAAGACCUCGACGGUAAGCCCCCACCCCACUUAAAUUGUUAAUUUUUCAGCUAAAAUGGUUAAGUGGUGGUUAUAUGUGGCAGUAAAUGGGGAGUAGCGAACAUAAUUUUUAUUUUUUUCUCAAAGUGUAACUCUACCUUUUCAGCAUUAUCCCACUUUAUUUGUGAUAUUGGAAUGUUUUUGUCCAUAAAAGAAAGAGAUAUAUCUAUUUUAUUUUUGUUUUCCUGUGCAACAUUUCAUCACUGUGUGCAAUAUCAUAUGUGCCAAUGGUGGCAAUAUAUGUGUAUCAAUUAAAUAUAUGAUUAUAAUUUGAAAAGCAUGUGACUGAAUUCCAUGUGUUUUUCUCAUGAAGGAGUCGUACGCCUUUAUUUGCACUCAAAGUUUCACCCUGGAGAGAAAAAAAAAAAGAAAAAAGAAACGGAUACCAAGGGUCUUAGCAGCCUGUUGGGUCAAGCAGUUCACAUAUGUACUUUAACUUGAAACAAAACAUUGUCACUGCGAAUGUGCCCCUCUAAGAAAAGGGUUGUGGGUUGUUGAAGAUAGACUACAAACAUCCAAAUGGAGGUUGUUUUUGUUUUAUGGAAAAAAAAAGAAGAAAUCUCCAUUUUUAGCUUUAAGCUAAGAAAAGGUGCUUCAGUCUAAUCCUCAUUAAGAUGUAUGGUGAACUGUCUUCAGUGGUUGUUGUGUGUAGCACUUUGCUUUUCCCAGGUUAAUGAAACGCCUGACCAAUACUUGUUUAACAAUGAUCUCAUCAAAGAAUGUCGUUCUUUCUCUUAUGUUGCCUCUUUUUUUUUUGUUCAAAUGUUAUAUAUGAUUUGCUCAUUUGAUGCAUUAAGUAUAAUUUAUGUACAUUUGACAAAUUUAAAAGAAAGAAUAAAUUUAUUUCUCCCACUCAGUGGGAAUCUACAUAAAAAAAUGUAUGUCUCCCCCCCAUGUUUUGUUUCCUGUGCAGGAGGGUCGGGGAGGAAGAAAAAGUUUAUUUUUGAUGUAGUGUUGUCUACAAUGUCUGAAUCUGCGUUUGCAAUGAUACUAAUUACUAAAGCUUAAUUUUACAGCCUCCAACAUGCAAACCUUUCAACUAUUUAAUGACUUAUGUCUUCUUGGAAAAUUUCAAAGUACUGUAUAUGUAAUAAAUGCCAGGCUGUAAAAUAAAGCAUCACUUUAUUCUCUAA